AUGUCUCGACCACGUAUCUUCCCAAGCUCGGGCUUCACUAUCUUGGAUCCUUCUGUCAAGUUCGAAGAGGAAAAUCUCCCUGAUUACUUGGAGGAGCGUUACUACCCAGUUCAAAUUGGCGAAGUUUUCAAUUCCCGAUAUCAAGUGCUAACCAAACUUGGUUUCGGCUCGUCAUCAACAGUUUGGUUAUGUCGGGACUUGCAUAAUGAACGCUACCUAGUCCUGAAAGUUCAUGUGCGAACCAGGCAACAGCUCCCAGAGGUGCAAAUCUCGAAACACCUGAAAGCCAUUAAAGAAUUCCAUGGUGGUGAGAAGUAUGUUCGCCUCGUCCUUGACUCAUUUGAAGUCCCAGGGCCAUACGGAGUGCAUCCAUGUCUUCUCUAUGAACCUGCUGGGAUCGAUAUUCGUGAUUAUAUACACUGCCUUGAAGGCGACGCUUUACCAGAAGAUCUCCUUCGACCAACCCUCCGAUUUAUUCUCAUUGCCCUGGAUUACCUCCACCAAGCCAAUGUUAUCCAUACGGAUGUUCAGCCAAACAACAUCCUUUUGGGCAUAGAUGACGAGUCAAUCCUGGCUGAAAUGGAAGAGGAUGAGCUAUCGAACCCUGCUCCCCGAAAAUGUCUCGAGGAUCGCACAAUCUAUGCCACUCGUGCGAUGCCUCUCACCGGCGGCGAGCCUAUUCUCGCUGAUCUGGGGGAGGCGCGAUUAGCCGGAGGGAACCAGACCGGCCUCAUCAUGCCGAGUGUAUAUCGUGCCCCGGAAGUAAUGCUUGGCAUGAAUUGGGACAGCAAAGUGGACAUAUGGGCUGUGGGCCAAACGGCAUGGACAUUGUUCGAGCAAGGUCAUCUUUUCAAGAACCAAUCCCUUGAAAAUGAUACAGACCGUGCUCAGCGCUUUGCGGAGAUGAUUUCCCUUCUGGGCCCACCCCCCCUUGAGUUUCUUAGACGAAGUGAAGAAAGUCUCAAGUUCUGGGAUGAGAAUGGUAAUUGGAGGACCUCUGUCAGCAUCCCAGAGCAAUCUUUUGAGAGUCGUGAAUCUCGACUGCAGGCCGAUAAUAAGAUGCUUUUCCUUGGAUUUUUACGGAAGGCAUUGCGAUGGUUGCCUGAGGAAAGACCAACCGCGAAGGAGCUCCUAUUGGACAGGUGGUUAAGGGGAAGCGACUACUAA